UUCAAAACACAUCUUUUAUCAAAUCAAAUAUAAAAAUAAUGCAAAAUAGGACUGCAAAUUCAAAAUAGACUACGGCAGGAAGAUCAUAAGUUUAGCCAAACACUACAACUUAAUAACCAAGAGUAAUAAGAUAUAUUAUUUUAAGGCUCCUCCAUAAAUGGUUCAAAAUAUGGCAAGAGUAACAGAUCCUAAACAUGUACCUAAAGAUACUAGAGAUUAAUUCUUAAAGAAAAUCCAUUUUUGUUCUUAACCUUAUGAUUUUAAUGAUGACACAAAAAAUGUUAAAGAAAAAUAGGAACGUUCAUAAUACUUAUAGGAAUUAUUUGAUUUAUUAAAGGAGCCUAAUUUUGUUAAUAAUUUAGUUGUGCCACAUUUAGAUUUGAUUAUAGAAAUGAUUGAAAAGAAUAUUUUUAGACCUUUACCUAUAUUAAAGAAAACAGCUACCAAUGGAGAAAUAGGAAUGGAAGAUGAUGAUGUAAAUUAUUUUAUUAUUAAAUAAGUAACUUAUUGAUCCAGCUUGGACUCAUUUAUAACCUGUUUAUGAAUAUUUUCUACAAUUAAUUGUUAAUGAAUAACCUGAUGUAAAAUCACUUAAAGUAUUUCUUUUAUAAAUUUUUAUAGAUUUUCAUCACUCAUUCUUUUAUUCAAGAAUUCCUUGAAUUAUUUGAUUCUGAAGAACCUCGAGAAAGAGAAUACUUGAAAAAUAUUUUACAUAGACUUUAUGCAAAAUUAGUUCCAAGAAGAAAAAUGAUAAGAAAAGCAAUAAAUGAUUGUUUCUACACAUUGAUUCAUGAAACUUAUAAAUUUAAUGGAGCAGCUGAACUAUUAGAUAUUUUAGCUAGUAUUAUUAGUGGAUUUGCUGUUCCAUUAAGAGAAGAACAUGUUAUAUUCUUUAAAACAGUCAUUAUUCCUUUACAUAAAGUUUAAACUUGUUAAUUUUAUCAUGAACAAUUAUUAAGAUGCUCAAUGUUAUUUUUAUCUAAAGAUCCUACUUUAGCAACAUUUUUAGUUGAAGGACUUUUAAGAUAUUGGCCAUUUGCUAAUUCAGCUAAAGAAGUUAUGUUUCUUAAUGAACUUUUAGAAGUUUUGGAAGUUUGUGAAAUUUCUAAAUUAGAACCUUUAAUUCCUAAAUUAUUUAAAAGAUUGAUUAAAUGUAUAGCAGGACCUCACUUAUAAGUGGCUGAUAGAGCUAUGUGCUUCUUUGAAAACGAUUACUUUCUCACUAUUCUGAAAAGUUAUAAACCAUUCACAUUUCCACUUUUAGUUCCAGUCAUUGCUCAAAUAGCAGAUACUCAUUGGCAUAAAGUCUUAUAAGAAUCUUUGAAUGCUUUAAAAACUAUUCUUAAAGAAAUAGAUUAUCAAGCAUUUGAUAAGGCAUUAAAUACUAAAGAUCCUAAAUAUUUGUAUAUUAUUUAAGAUGCAAAAAAUCAAAAAAAAGAUAGAUAAAAAAUUGAAGAAAAAGUAUUUCAACUAAUCUUAUUAUUAGUGGAAAAACCUUACCAAAUAAGCAUUAUAAAAAAAUCCCAAUUUUAAAGAGCCUAUUGUUCCUUACUCAGAUACCCAUAUUGUUGGAGAACACAAUGGUCUUAACAAUGGAAAUAUUACAAUAUUAUGAUUCAAAUAAAAAUAUUACAAAAAUUGUUAAUAAAAUUAUUGCAAUAUUACAUAAUU